GGCGUUAUAAAUAGUAAAGGUUAAUUAGUUAGCUGAGGAAAUUGGAUCAGGGGCGGGCUGUUAGAAUUUGAUCCACAGACAGGUAACUCAAGCAAUCCCCAUUGUCACUGCAUUCAGACCUAUAUAUACAUCCGCCCAGACCGACAACAGUCACCUCAUAGCCUUACCUCUCUGCUGGAUCAACGACCGGGCGAGAUUCACCCACAGACACGGAAUAAAAAUGUCGCUCUCAUCCAUCCUCUCCGCUGAUGCCAUCGCCAGUGCUAUCAAGGACUGCCAAGCACCUGACUCCUUCAGCCCCAAGAAGUUUUUCGAGCUGUCCGGCCUCUCCAAGAAGAGCGCCCAGGAUGUGAAGAAGGUUUUCGGGAUCCUGGACAACGACGCCAGUGGCUUCAUUGAGGAGGACGAGCUCAAGUUUUUCCUCCAGAGGUUUUCUCCGGGGGCUCGCGUUCUGACAGACAAGGAGACCAAGGCCUUCCUGUCCGCCGCUGAUGAUGACAGCGAUGGCCGGAUUGGAGCAGAAGAGUUCCAGGCCAUGAUUUUGUCCUAAACAGCUGGACUUCAUCUCUCCAUCUUUAUCUCACCCCGGCCCCGCCUCCUAUUCCACUGCUUUAAGGGCUCUCUUACUUUUAGUCAAUACAUUUUAGAUACAAUUUUUUUUGAUUUUGAUUUUUCUUUUGCAAAACUCGCUCCAGUCCACAUUCUCAAAUCCACAUCCUCAUCAUUUUCUUUUUUUUUUCUUUUUCAUGUUUCAGCAGAUCAUGAAGCCGUAUUGCCCAAAUAAAUGUACAAUUCACCAAAUUACUGACAAAAUAAAAUAACAAAACCCAAGUCUUGUGACUCUUU